AUGGAAUACACCACGAGGAUAAGCGAGAACGAGUUAACAAAGGUCCAGCGGUUUGUGGGCAAAUUUGGCGUCGAGAAGCGAGGCAUCGAAAGAGUUCCUUCCCACGAGAGAACAGACACGAGCAUGAGCAAGAUCGGUACGCUCUGGAUGUCGGCCAAUAUGACCGUUUCAAGCUUUGCAAUCGGCGCCCUGGCUCAGCCGGUAUUCAAGCUCGGUUUUGUGGACACGGCGCUGACGGUGGUCUUCUUCAAUUUCUUGGGCAUACUGCCGGUGUGUUUCUUCUCGACAUUUGGACCAAAAUUUGGUUUGCGACAGAUGGUACUGUCCAGAUUCUUCUUUGGGUACUAUGGUGUCAAGCUCAUCGCACUGUUCAACGUCCUGGCCUGCCUGGGCUGGUCUGCUGUCAACGUGAUCGUAGGCGCGCAGCUCCUGGCAGCCAUCAACCCAGAGACCCCACUGCCAGGCUGGGCUGGGAUCCUCAUCAUCUCGCUGUCGACCCUGCUGAUCACGACAUUUGGGUACCGCCUCGUCCACGCCUACGAGCGCUGGUCAUGGCUGCCAGUGUUCAUCAUCUUCCUCAUCGUAGCCGCCGAGUUCGGCCGCUCGGGCAGGUUUCAUUCCCUGUUACCUCUAUCGCGCGGUCCAGCCGAGGCAGGGAGCGUCCUCUCCUUCGCAGCCUCGGUCUAUGGCUACGCAACCGGCUGGACGAGCAUGGCGGCCGACUACACCGUCUACCAGCCCGAGACAGCCUCCCGACGCCGCAUCUUCUGGUGGACCUUUGCCGGCCUCCUCGUCCCGCUCGUCUUCACAGAGCUCCUCGGCGCCGCCAUCAUGACCGCCGCCACAGACAACGCCGACGGCCAGGGCACCAACGACUCCUUUCUCGCGGCCUACUCCGCCACAGGCAUCGGCGGCAUCCUAGCCGCGGUCCUCGUCCCGCCCCUGGGCGCCUUUGGCAGGUUCUGCCUGGCCGUCCUGGCCCUCAGCACCGUCGCCAACAACUGCCCCAACAUCUACUCGGUCGCCCUCUCCCUGCAGGUCCUGACGCGGUCGGCCCGCCGCGUCCCGCGCGCCCUGUGGACCUUGCUGGGCACGUGCGCCUACGUCGCCGUCGCGGUGCCCGGCUACGGCCGCUUCGAGAGCUGGCUCGAGGACUUCAUGCUGCUCAUCGGCUACUGGCUGGCCAUCUACCAGGGCGUCGCGCUGACCGAGCACCUCGUGUUCCGCGUCUGCUGCGGCGGCCGGGGUUACGAAAAUGGGGCGUGUGACGCCGAGACGCCCGGGCGGCUGCCCCCUGGGAUGGCGGCCGUGACGGCGUUUGGGAUUGGCGUGGUCGGGGCGGUACUGGGCAUGGCGCAGGCCUGGUGGACGGGGCCUGUGGGUAGGCUUUGUGGCGGGGGGCUGGGCGGGGAUGUUGGCUUUGAGUUAGCGUUUGGGAUGAGUGCGGUUAGUUAUGUGGUUUUGAGGAGUGUUGAAAGGGCUUGGUAUGGGCGGUGAGAGAAAAGGUGUUUCAUUUCUUUUCUUUUAACCUUCUUCUUUUGGGGUGUUUGGAGGGGAUCGUGUCUAUUCUCUGGCCGCGUGUUGAAGCUGGUGGGAGGGUUCAAAUUUUCAGAUGCCAUUGCGAGUUUUAUAACGCCUUUCGUCUCUUUACUCUUUUUUUUUUUUGUCUCCAAUUUUUGUCCCUCACCUUGUGUGGCGGAUUGACAACUUCUUGCAAGGCAGGCCAUACGUUUUGUCCUACAGGAUGACAUGUCAAGAACAAAAGACUUAUCUCAGC